AUGCUUAGCCGCCGGCUUCCGGGUCUCCUCGCCGCCAAGGCGAUCAUGGAGCAAAGGUGGCUCGACGCCGAGAUGGCGCGGCGCUUCGUCGUCGUCGCCGGCAAGCAGUCCUUUAGCGAGCAACUUGUCACCGACCCUCAGGCGAAAGACAUGGUUCUGUCUGCAAACGGCGUGGAGGAGAACGUGAGGGUGGUUCAGAGGCAUAAGAUUGGCAACGCGAGGCCGUGGAGGUUCACCGUCGACCCUGUACGAGCUGUUAUGGAUGUCAUCAUCGCCGGUGUCGGAUAUCUUCUGAUGCUUGCUGUCAUGUCCAUGAAUGUCGGCUACUUCAUUUCCAUCCUUGGAGGUGUCUUCAUCGGCAGUCUCGCGGUGGGCAGGUUCAGUCCCUCCUCGGAGCAUUAG